AUGUCAACGGAAGGCUCGGUAUUGCGCGACCACAAAAUGCAGCUCCACCGCAGCAUGCAAGGUUGUCAGCGUCCUGCGAAGCAAAGCAAAAUUGCAUCGCAGAGGCAGUACCGAGUCAAUGAAGGGGAUGGGUUCCAGGAGCUCCGCGACAUCAUUCGUUUGGUGACAGGGGAAGCUCCCCAGACCAGGCGCGAAACCUUGAAAAAAGGCGCAGAACUGCUGAGACAGUUUUCCACAGAAAAAGGGUCAAUUUCCAGACAUGAGCCACUCCCACCCUUGGAAAACCCAUUAGCAACGCCUUACUGUGAAGUUGACCAGGAGUCUCACAUAUCUUAUGAACCUCUUGUGAUCCCCAACAACGAGACGUGGACAGUCGCUAUUGCGCCAUGGACGAGGAACAGUAACCCAAUGCCAGACACAUUUGAGACGACCCCAAUGCUUUAUAAUAGCCAUCCUCAGGAAGAGAUACAUCAUGUUGUCAGUCGUGAGGGCGAUUGGAAUUUUGUUCGGCCAACCCCUCCGCAAUUUCGACAGUACUCGCUUUCCGCGCAGUGGAACUACCUGUCGCCCAUUCACUUGAACGUUGAUCAAGUCGCAUCAAGCGUAGAAGGGGUGGGAGUUAUAUAG